AUGCCCCUCUCCUGGGUACUCAAACCCCUCGCGGUAGCUUCCGCUGUCGCCUUCUCCACCCUCGGCCUGCUCUCGACAAGGUACCAGAAGGCCCGCUUCUACUGGAACUCGGUUCUCUUCCUCGCCACGCUCGGAUGGGCCAGCGUCUGUGGCCUGUGCAUUACCUUUUACAGUGCUGCCGCUGGCAACCGUCUGAACAUCAACUACUAUGUGGCUCGGUCCUUCUAUCAGGUGGCGCACCGUCUUGUCGGUAUCGACUUUGAUGUGGAGGGCGAGGAGCAUCUUACCAACCUCCUGACCGCACGCGAUGGCAAGCCGCAGAGCGCCGUUGUUCUCGGCAACCACCAGAGCAUGAUCGAUAUUCUCUACCUCGGACGUAUCUUCCCCAAACAGACCGCCAUCACCGCCAAGCAGGAGCUCAAGUGGUCACCUUUGCUGGGCCAGUACAUGGCGCUCUCUGGUGCCGUCUUCAUCAACCGCAAGAACCGCAAGGACGCGGUUGCGGCCAUGCAGCAGGUCGGCGUCGACAUGAAGAAGAAGGGCGUGUCACUGUGGAUCUUCCCCGAAGGCACUCGGUAUUCUCAUGAGGAACCCACGCUCCUCCCCUUCAAGAAGGGCGCGUUCCAUCUCGCCAUCCAGGCUCAGGCGCCAAUUGUCCUCGUCGUGUGUGAAAACUACAACCGCCUGUUCGACGGCCAGACCCGCUUUGACGGUGGUCGCCUGAAGAUUAAGAUCCUUCCACCCAUCUCGACUGUCGGCCUGACCUCGGACGACGUUCACAGCUUGGUCGACUCGACCCGUGACCUCAUGCUCAAGACACUCAAGGAAAUCUCGCUCCCCGCUCCUGCGCGUGCGCCUUCCGUCUCCACUGCCAUCACCAAUGACGCAAAGGUCACCCCGAUCCCCGAGAAGACUGAGGAGUCUGUUGCGCCUGAGGGUGUGAGGCAGCGUGUCGUCACUGUACCUACCCCGACAGCUUCGACUGACUCCCUUCCCAGCCGUGAAGAGACCACGACCGAAGAUGAGAUGGAUGACGACGCUGUACUCCUCAAGCGCCCCAAGACCGAGGCAUAG